AUGUCGUCCGAAGGUGGCGGCCAGAGUGGUGCUUCAGGCGGCAGUGCAGGGCCCGGCCGCGGUGAUGGUCAGGGCAGAGGACGGGGCAGGGGUCGAGGCCGCGGUGGUCAGAGUCAGCCAAGAGGAGGCCGGUCGCAACGAGGAGGUCGUGGCAGAGGAGGUGGAGCAGUGCAAGGGCCUGCGAGGGCGCAGGGCGACGAACCGAUCCAGCCAGCAUUGUUGCCAGCAGAGGCGCGGCCGGCGUUGACGGCCGACGCGGCUCCCACUGCCGGCGGUGACGAGGAGGUCGAGGCUGAAGUCUGCUUCAUCUGCGCCAGCCCGGUCGUGCAUCAGUCUGUGGCGCCUUGCAAUCACAGGACAUGCCAUAUCUGCGCCCUGCGCAUGAGAGCACUCUACAAGAAUAAGGAAUGUGCGCACUGCAGGACUGUUGCUCCCUACGUCAUCUUCACCGACGACGCGACCAAGCGGUUCGAGGAUUACUCCGCCGGCGCCCCCGACAUAACUAGCACGGACGAGAACAUUGGCAUCCGGUACAGCAAGGAGGAUAUAGUCGGCGACACGGUCUUGCUCCUGCGUUACAACUGCCCCGACGACGAAUGCGACUUCGCUGGGCUGGGCUGGCCGGACCUUCACCGUCAUGUUCGAAACGUCCACCACAAGAAGAUGUGCGAUCUCUGUACGCGCAACAAGAAGGUCUUUACCCACGAGCAUGAACUUUUCGCCGACAAGGAGCUUGAGCGGCACAUGCGCCACGGAGACGACCGACCCGGUGCCAUCGACCAGACCGGGUUCAAGGGACACCCCUUAUGCGCCUUCUGCGGCCAGCGGUUCUAUGAUUCCGACAAACUUUACGAGCAUUGCCGGAACAAGCAUGAGAGGUGCUUUCUCUGCGACAGGGAGGAUCCGAGGCAGCCUCAUUACUAUGUGGACUACAAUGCGCUCGAGCAGCAUUUCAGAAAAGACCAUUUCCCGUGCCCUGACAACGAGUGCCAAGAGAAGAAGUUUGUUGUCUUUGCCUCGGAGAUGGAUCUCAAGGCACACCAGCUGAGCGAGCACGGAAAUACGUUAUCCAAAGAUGUCCGUCGGGAUGCCAGGCUGGUCGAUAUGGCUGCCUUCGAUCUCCGUCAGCCAUACCAGCAGGACAGGCGUGGAGGCGGCUCGGCCAGGCAGCGCGGAAGAGAUAGGGAGGCGAGGGGACGAGGGCGCGAUCCAAAUGCCGAGCCAAUUCCCGCCAGCUCUGCUCAACCUCUGCGUCGUGAUGAACUGGCUUUCCAGCGCCAAAUGGCAAUCCACUCUUCUCAAUCCGUGACAAACCGUACAUUUGGCGGGCAACUCUCAGCAGCCGAACCGGCAUCGGCUCCAUCGGCUGCGACCAGAACUCCCCAGCGAGGCAACGCUUCGUCCGCUCCUCCAGCUGCCGGGGUCCCCCCUGCAGAAAUGGAAGGCCUAUCUCUGGCCGACCCGAACCUCAGUCAGGAGGAGCGGAGUCGUCUGAUGCGCCAUGCUGCAGUCAUUGAGCGCGCCUCGAACCUGCUCCAGAACAAUGCCAGCAACGUGUCCAGCUUCCGCUCCCACAUCUCAUCCUAUCGUCAAGGAAAGGUCACUGCUACUGCUCUGAUCGACUCGCUGUUCUCCUUGUUCUCUGAGACGUCAACCACGGCUCUCGGCACCCUGGUUCGCGAGGUUGCCGACCUCUUCGAGGACAAGUUGAAGGCCGAGUCACUGCGCAAGGCUUGGAAUGAUUGGCGAGCAAUCAACGAAGACUACCCGACCCUCCCGGGCCUGUCUGGUAUGCACGGCGCAACAACAUCAAGCAGCGGUUGGGCCUCCGCUGCGGCGAGCUCCCCGGCCACUGCCUCUGCCGCACCCGCACAGCGACAUACUACAAGAGUACUCAAGCUGAAGAGCUCGACACAACAAUCCCAACGUUCGACUGCCCAGGCAGUAUCGAGAUCGGCGGCUAGCGGCUCGACCCGGCCACCUCCUCCCGCAGCUGCAUUCCCUGCGCUCCCAUCCGGCAGGCCCGCCCCAGGUACUUCGCAGUCUGCCGCGUCGCUCUGGGGGCCCGGCAGCUCUACCAGGACGCAGGCGAGGGCUACUGCGAAACCUGUCACUCGUGAUGACAAUUUCCCUGCCCUGCCCACAGCACCUAAGCCCACGACUACCAUAUUCGGGUACGGCACUGGCGCUGUAAGGAGGGACUUUGGAGGUUACCGGAGCACUGGCUUCAACUGGGGAGCCAGCGGCGAGGCUGAACCUGCAGCAGGCAGCAGUGCAGCUAUGAACGAGGAUCCUACAGAGGGCGGCAAAGGGAAGAAGAAGGGCAAACAAGGUCGCAAGCAGGUGCUUGUGCAAUGGGGAUAA